AUGCCAAGCAAUUACAUUCGAAAAACCAACGUAAGACCACGAGGUCUUUGGGCCUCAAAUGAUUUGCGUGCAGCAAUAGAUGCAGUCAAUUCAGGCACUAUGGGGGUAAAUGAAGCUGCUAGGGCUUUUAAUAUACCUAAGACAACUUUGAAACGCAGACUAAAAACAAAAAAUUAUGAAAAGCUUAAUAGAUUAGGUCCAGAUUCGAUGCUUGGAGCAGAAGCAGAAGCAAAACUUGCAACUCACAUAAAACAACUGCAAAGAUGCGGCUUUUCACCCACUAGAAGUGAUGUGAGAGAAAUGGCGUAUAAAUUAGCUAACAAGUUAGGCAAAAACAAUAAAUUUAACGAAUGUUCAGGUAUAGCGGGCAAAACAUGGUUAGCUUCUUUUUUGAGAAGAAGAUCCGAUAUUUCAGUACGAAAAGCAGAGAACGUUUCUAUUGCCCGUGCACGAGGAAUGAAUAAAGGUAUUGUAGAAACCUACUUUAAAGAUCUUGAACAAAUUUUGACGGAAAAUUCAUUAUUUGAUAAACCUGGAAAUAUAUUUAACUGUGAUGAAACGGGACUUCAGUUAAAUACAAGACCGGACCACGUUCUUGCAGAAAAGGGUUCGAAAUGUGUGGCCAACAUUAGCCCAGGUGAAAAGGGGGAAACGAUUAGCGUUUUAUCCUGCUAUAAUGCUGAAGGAGGGUAUUUACCCCCAUACUGUAUUUUUAAAGGAAAAAAUAAAAAAGCUGAGUGGCACGAUGGAAUGCCUCCUGGCUCACGCAUAGCAAUGUCUGAAAAGUCAGCUUAUGUCAAUGCUGAUAUAUUUCUUGAUUGGCUAAAAACCCAUUUGUUCCCGAAAAAGCCGCCUGGCAAGAUGUUGCUAAUACUAGAUGGGCAUUCAGCACAUACAACAAACCUAGAGACUCUUCAAUUUGCAGAAGAACACGAAAUUAUACUUUUUUGUUUACCACCACACACUACACACUAUUUGCAGCCUCUCGACAGAAGUUUUUUCAAGUCAUUAAAAAGCUACUUUUACGAAGGUUGUAGAUACUUUGUUAAGGGUCAACCCAAUAAAAAACUGAACCGAUUACAAUUUGGAAAACUUUUGGGAGAAGCUUGGGGCAAGUCCGCUAAUGUUCAGAAUGCAGUAUCAGGUUUCAAAUCAACGGGAAUAAUGCCUUUUAAUCCUAGAGCAAUUCCUGAGCAUGCUUUCUUGUUAGAAGAUAACAUAGUUGCAGAAGGCACCACUGGAGAAUCUAUUCAACAAAGAGAUUCGCAAGAGUCAGGUUUUUCUGUUGGCCAGUCAAUUCUUGGUCAAAUAGUUUCCCCGGAUCCAGAUUUGUUUUUCGAAGAAUCUGACUUGGAUCCAGCAGUUUUACUCGGACAGCAAACACCUUUUGCAGAGGCGGGGCCUUCCGGAAUGCAAAAUUUACAAAACACGACACCAAAAAAAUCUGCUUUACUUAAUAAUAUUACUCCAGGCAAAGCAUUAAACCUAAUUUCGCCAGUACCAAUUAUUACACCUGCAGUGAAAAGGGUUUGUCGGCAACUAGCUACUGGUGUUUUGUCCUCAGAAAAAUGCGCCACCAAACAAAAAAAAGGUAAAAAGCCGAUUAAUAAAAAAGUGGUUGUUAAAUCAUCUAAAAAGUACAAAAAGCAGAAAAAAAGUUCCUCGUCAGAAUCUGAAGAGAUUACAUUGAACGAUUAUGACGAUGCAGACGAACGACUUAGUGAUUAUGAAAAUGAAUGCGUUGGAUGUGGUGAAGAUUUUCGCAAAACUAAAAGUAAAGACGAUUGGAUUCAAUGUGUACUAUGCAAAAGAUGGUUACACGAGGGAUGUACGAGCUAUGAGGCCCUUUGUCAAACUUGUGGAAACACUAUUAACAAAAAGAAAAAGUAA